AAAAAAGCUAUCAUUGCAUUUCAAACUCAAUUACGAUACUAUCAAAAUCAUCAACCAUUUAUAUAAACCUCUCUAGCCUAAGCCAUAUAGCCAUCAUCCUCCUACGAACAAAAUCAUUAAUUCUAUAACACUUCCAAUCAAAAAAACAAAUCAAGUUCUAAAUAUGGCCAUCUUCUCAAAAAUUGGUGUUGUUGGAGCUGGCAUUAGCGGCAUAGCGGUCGCUAAGCAACUCCGACACCACAAUCCGAUAAUCUUUGAGGCGACUGAUUGUUUGGGAGGGGUUUGGAAGCAUUGUUCAUACAAGUCAACAAAGCUCCAAACUCCACGUUGUGAUUAUGAGUUCGCGGAUUUCCCUUGGGCUGAGAGGGAUAAUACCAGCUUUCCUUCUUAUGAGGAAAUACUGGACUACUUGUAUUCUUAUGCCACACAUUUUGGGGUUUUCGAACUCAUAAGAUUCAACUCCAAGGUUGUGGAGAUCAAAUUUGUUGGCAACCAAGAUCCUGAAGGGAACUCCGAUUUCGGAAACUUGCUCAACGGCCGGCCUAUGUGGGAAGUUGCUGUUCAGACCGAUCAAUCUGACCACAUUCAGUGGUACGCAUUUGAAUUCCUGGUGAUUUGCACUGGAAAAUACGGAGAUAUUCCGAAUAUACCACAAUUCCCACCCAACAAAGGCCCUGAAGUAUUCAAAGGACAAGUCUUGCAUUCCCUUGAUUACUGCAAACUGGAUGAAGAAUCAUCCUUAGAAUUACUACAAGACAAGAAAGUAGUCGUUGUUGGCUAUAAAAAAUCUGGUAUUGAUUUAGCCGUCGAAUGUGCCAAAGCGAAUCAAGGACCCAAAGGUCAACCUUGCACUAUGUUGGUUAGAACUUUGCAUUGGACUGUUCCUCACUACUCGGUUUGGGGGUUGCCAUUUUACAUUUUCUACUCAACUAGAGCUUCCCAAUUCCUUCAUGAGAGGCCAAACCAAGGAAUGUUAAGAAACGUGUUCUGCAAGUUAAUAUCUCCUGUGAGAAAGGCAAUGUCAAAGACCAUUGAAUCCUACUUGUUAUGGAAGCUGCCACUAGAGAAAUAUGGAUUGAAACCUGAACAUCCCUUUGAGGAGGAUUAUGGAUCAUGUCAAAUGGCGAUCUUGCCGGAAGAAUUCUUUGCUGAAGCCAAUAAAGGAAUGAUACAAUUCAAAAGGCCAUCAAAGUGGUGGUUUUGGGAAGGAGGGGUUCAGUUUGAUGAUAACACCAAGUUGGAUGCUGAUGUUGUGAUCUACGCCACUGGCUUUGAUGGAAAAAGAAAGAUCAAAACAAUUCUCCCUGAGCCCUUUUGUAGUUUGAUUGAAACUGAAGGCAUGAUGCCAUUGUACAGGGGAACAAUACAUCCACUUAUCCCCAAUAUGGCAUUUUUGGGUUUUAUUGAGAGUGUGGCAAAUUUACACACGGCGGAAAUACGCAGCAUAUGGUUAUCGAGAUUAUUGGACAACAGAUUCAAACUUCCAAGCAUACCAAAGAUGCUUGAACAAACACAAAAGGAAAUGGAGAUCAUGAAGAAGACCACCAGGUUUUACAAAAGAAGUUGCAUAUCAACUUUUAGCAUCAAUCACACUGACGAAAUUUGUGAAGAAAUGGGGUGGAAAUCUUGGAGGAAAACUAAUUGGCUUUCUGAAGCAUUUAGCCCCUACAGCAGCCAAGAUUAUCAGGAGGAAAACUGAAGUUGGCUUUGAUAUUAAUAUUUAUCCAAUUAAACUAUUCAAUUAGUAUCUUUCAUUUUUUACCAUCAAACGAAAAUAAGAGCUAGUAAAAGAUAAUAAUCUAGCAACAAAUUACUAAGACUAUCAAACAAACUAUGCUAACGAACAAUUCAUGUUUUAGUUGGUAAUAAUAACGAUAUAGCUUUAGCACAAUUGUGCUUUGCUAAGUUAGAUUUGUGCGGUAAGAGAUAUUUUCUUCACUUAUGUAAUUUACUUUUGCG